CAGUGGCCUUUGUGAGGUCCAGGUACCCCUUCUCCCCAGUGAUCUGGAGCCAAGCAAGAGAGAAGCCCCUAAUCCCUGUAGGCCUUGGACACCAGCUCUGGUAUCAACCCUCAGUCCUCCACCCCCGCUCCCUGCUUUCCAGGGUGGCAGCCCAUCCAAGGCCAGGGUUGCCUGCCCACCUGCUGACCUGUGAACAGCCCGAGUAGGCGCCACUGCUGCUGGCCCUGCAGUGCUCCCACCUCAACCAGUGCAGCAUGCUGGGCACCAGACUCCUGCUGCUGGCUCUGCUCCCAGGGACCUCCCCCUUGCCUGGUGGGCCGAUUGCGCCCGCGUUCCCCGGGGGACCUGGCCCCUGGCUGCGCAGGCCCCUUUUCAGUCUGGAGCUGUCUGACGCAGAGGACGCCUUCCCGCGCCGCGCGGGGCCGCUCGAGGUCCCGGCAGAUAGCCGCGUGUUCGUGCAGGUGCGGACCUUGGUAGCACCCAGGGCAGGUGGGUACAGGCGGGAACCGGGCGACCCUGAUGGCACCUCUGUCUCUCAGGCGGCCCUGGCCCGACCCUCCCCGCGCUGGGGCCUGUCCCUGCACCGCUGCUCAGUAACGCCGUCCUCACGCCCGGCCUCCGGGCCUGCUCUGGUGCUGCUAAGCGGGGGCUGCCCUGCUGACGCCUCGGUAGCCUUCCCGCCACCGUCGCACCCCGAUGCGACCCGCCCCGCACGCUUCAGCUUCCGGCUGCGCCCAGUGUUCAACGCCUCGGUGCAGUUCUUGCAUUGCCAGCUGAGCCGCUGCCGCCUCCUCCAGGGAGUCCGCCGGACGCGGGAGGCUCUGACCUCGCCGCCGAAGAAACUGCGGUGUCUGCCCCAGGAUGAGGCAUGCGCGGGCGUUGGCAGCGGCAGCGGCAGCGGCGAGAGCCUGGGCGCCGACAGCCCCCACCUGCACACGCUGACGCAGCCUAUCGUGGUCACAGUGCCGCGGCCGCCCCCCAGGCCGCACAAGAGCCUCCCGGGCAGGGCCGUGCUCCCCCAGCCGCCCGCGCCGGCCCCGGGGGCCCUGGAGCCCGCGCCUGUGGUGGCGCUGGUGUUGGCCGCCUUCGUGCUGGGCGCCGCCCUGGCCGCCGGGCUGGGCCUCGUCUGCGCACACUCAGCGCCUCCACUCCCAAGCCAGCCAACUAGAGCUUCGCCCAGUGGCCCUCUGCCCCGGAGGCCCCAGUGAGGCAGCGAUGGAGCCUUGCCUGCAAGGGGCACCCAACCAUGGGUUCAGGAGUAGGCUCUCCAGGACCUGAUCCGCAGUUCUGGACACAACACUUUGGGGCCUCGAUCCCUGUGCUUCUCUCCUCCCUUCCUCCCACCCCCGCUCCCAUCUAAGCUCAAAAUAAACUUCUGGACUGAUCCGCUUGA